AAUGAAUCAUAUCAUAUGCUAAUGCUAAUGCUAUAGCCCAGUGAGGCAACUUUUAGUACGGCAUAAGAAUUCUCAAGUGUACACUACUUUCCUCUUUCACUUGAUUCCCCAUAACCUUUUCAAAUUUUGGUGUUGGGUUUGAUGAUUGGUUGAUUAAAUUAUCGGGGUUCGAUAAAAAAAGCAUGAACUUGAGCCGGCCGGCGGUGCACCCAGUGGAGGCCCCCCCGUUGACGGAGGUGGCUGCUCAGAAUGUUCCCAGACUCAGAAUGAAGGACGUACAAGGCAUGCCUGGGACACGUGGCGGUUUGAUUCUUCGCCUCUGUCAGUUUGUUUUUUCAGUCAUCUCUUUCUGUGUCAUGGCCUCCACCAGUGACUUCCAUGAAGUCAGCGCUUUUUGCUACCUAGUUCUUGCUGUUGGCCUCCAAAGUUUGUGGAGUCUAUCCCUGGCAGUUCUUGACAUAUAUGCCAUCUUGGUGAAACGAAGCUUGCGGAACAACAUAGUUAUCCGUUUGUUCACCAUUGGUGAUGGGAUCACAUCCACUCUAACAUUUGCAGCUGCUUGUGCAUCCGCUGGCAUCACAGUUCUCAUUCGCAAUGAUCUCAACAGAUGUGCCGUGAACCACUGCACAAGGUUUGAGACGGCUACAGCAAUGGCUUUUAUUAGCUGCUUCGCCAUAUCACCAUCCUUUCUCUUGAACUUCUGGUCAUUGGCUUCUCAGUAAAUUUGGGUAUAUGGAAUAUAUAGUCAGCAAACAAGUCUAACUUUAAUGCACAAAUUUCCCCGUAUGGAAACUCUAACUAUGGAGAUCAAUUAGUUGCUCCUACCUGUAAAUAGAUAAGGUGUUGCUAGGAUUUUUCAUAUGCAAGAAACAUAGACUUAUUUGAAAUGAUCUUUCCCCCUUUCUUCCAGGUUUUUUGGUUUAUGGAUGUGCAUGGUGGGAUGACAUAAUUUAUUGUUACAAUAAAAUUAUGUAUAUCCAA